AAGCGUGAACCUGUUGGCACAUCCUGUCACAUUAAGCGUGUGUCCUGUAUCAUUUCUAGAACCAAAAAAAAAAAGAAAAGAAAUAGGUUCAUAAGAGAACCCGCAUUUCAGCGAGUAUAUAAGUAUGUAUAAGAGUCAGGAGGACAGUUGGGUGUUGCCUAUAGCCUAUCAGGAUGGUGUCAAUCAACUGUCUUCUGUGCGGUGUACUUUUAACGGUCUGUUUCACAGGUAAAGGACAUUUGAAUUUUAUAACGUCAAACUUUCGGCGUUUUAAAAGUUGUGGCUUAAAAGCCGGGGUAGAGUACUUGCGUUGAAACUAUUUUGACAAGACUACGGUACAUAGAUAGUAAAAACUAUUUGAAUUCUGGGAAGACAUAAGAAAAAUUUCUUAAAUCUGCAAAAGAAACUAUCAAGUAUUGAGGCCAUUCACUGGAGUCAGGGUUACAACCUUUCCUUGUGUGUGUGGUUUAAAUAUCUUAUUCGAUUUUUUUUUUUUAUAAUUCUCGAGUUUUCAUUCGGUUGUCGUCUUAAUUUAACCAUCUCAGAUUUAGUUGCAUAUAAAAUGUGGAAUGGUGAAACCAGGGUUUGUCAAAUAGUCGAGUGAAAGGACCAUUUAUAUGGCUUACAUAUGUUACAUAGCGAGUUCAUGAUCUCAAGUAAUAUCUCAAAUUCACCAACACUUUUUUAAUUCACAAUGACGGGUGUAGGAAGAAAGGUGCAUGUGUGUAAACUGUAUGUGUGAUCGGUUAUCCUUUUAUGAAAUUCGGUUAGACCGCGCAGGGUGUGCUCUGAAAAUAUGCAAUUUUUCAAUUGUUGUCAGCCCCCCCCCCCCCCCGAGAUGGUGUCACCAGAUGCGACCCGCAACCCGCGCCCCCUAGCUACGCCCCUGACUCGAGGCAUACUUACAGUUUUGUUACAUUUUUGUUACAUUUACGUUCAAAUUGUAUAAAGAUGUCAGCAGUCUUUUUUUGUGUCUUGAACAUCUUUUUGAAGGGAAAUACUUUUUUAAUAAUCUAUUAAAUGAAGCAGUUUAAACUGAUAAAUAGUUUAAAGUAAAAAUUAUAAACUAAUAUUACUAUUGAGAAACAACUUUAAUUAAAUUUGUUUAAACACAACCAGGUCAAGGUAAUCUAAAUUCACCUAGCAUAUCUAUUGUUGAUUGCUGAUUAAGGCCAGAAUGGUGCAAAACUAAAUGCACGUGUGCACCAAAAUGAAUCCUUGCAUUUUGAAUUUAUAUUAAAAAAACGUGGACGGCCUAACAACCCCUCCCUUAACCCCACCACCAGUUUUGUUCGUGGACCCUCGGCGCCCUCAAUUUCGGAUCCCUCUCCGAUUAAAGUGGCCGAACCGGCACCUUUUUUUUUUUAAGCUAAAAGAUAGCUCGAGAUGAUUUAUAUGUAAUUGUAAUGAUUGUCUUGAACCGACAAAAAGUCGGACUCGUUGGAUUCUUGUGCUUUUCAUGUGCUACGGGCGGAUAAAUUCAGGACUACCCUGGGCGUCACUCUGUAAGUAAUCCUCGGUUCAUAGCUGAGCGUAUUUAAUUGUAGGUUAAAACUGUAGUGCCAGAUUGUUUUUGAAAUACGUACAUAAAUGACGUAGGUAAUCACAUUUGUCUGCACCUUCUCGUCAAUAAUGCUAAAUUAAAAUUUUUUUGGGGUUGUUUUUUGGUUGCGAGCUAUUUUUAAACAACUUUUGAGAGUCGGGUCGUCAUUUCAGUUUUUUCAGAAAGGGGGGGGGGGGCAAAAAAACAACAACUUGGUCGACUUGUUAAGUUGUUUAUUACUGGAGGAGCCACAGUACAUAGCCAUUUAAAUAAAACCUGCAAAUUCAGUGGGGGGGGGGGGGGGGGGUAGGAGCAAAAGCCCCAGUCUACCCAAAUGACGUCACCGCUUGAGAGGAGUCUAGUUUUGGUGGUUUUGUUUGAUUGAUCGUUUUUUGACAUCCUUGUUGCCAAUAAUGGAUAUGAAGUCUAGGUGGCGGCCAAAACCCUUGCCGAUGAUUUUAGCUACGCGGCACUGAGAAAGCCGCUCCUAGGCGACCGUUUCGUCCCCACUUACGUCCCGACCGGACAACUCCCUGACGAUGUGAGGGGGGGGGGUAACGCAACACCUUUCCCCGGAGAGGAAGCUAAGCCGUUCAGACUCAAGGAGAGUGGACCGCGUACACUUUAAACGCAGCGUUUUUAGUCGAUCCAACAUCCUCCAGGCCAGGGGAGGGGGGUUACCGGCGUGCUUCCGCACGGCCUGGGGGCGGGGAGACCCGGCAUCGGCCCCUGUGGGGGUGUGCCGGGGGUGGGGUAUUAAGAGCUCACGCUCGACGACCCACCGACGCCAUCUCCAAUUUUACGUUAUUAGUAAAGAAAUUCUAGAAAUUGCGUCCCUUAAUAUCAUUCUUUAAAACAAAUAGCGUCAUUCGAAGGUAAGCAACCUUUUCCCCAUCUAAUAAGUUUUUUUUUUUUAAAUCAAGGCCAUACUUGAGGGAGACAAGUAGUGUUGGCUAAAAAUAGCUCAACAUUGAAGUGAAAAAAUAGACGUAGACUAUACUAUAAAAAUAUGUUACAGUAUCCAGUUUCUGUUCAUUCUACUUAUAUCAGCCAUUUUGCUAUUUUAUUGAUAAAUUAUCAUUCUUGCAAUUUCUGCACACCUCCCUUUUUUUCCUUAAAAAAAAGAGCGCCCAAAAUAAUAUAUAUAUUUUUUUUUUAAAUAGUAUAUUGUUUCUUGCCAUUUCGUACCACUGACAAAAUGUAAUAUGUAUUUUGAAUGCAAUUUUAGGCUUCGUGCCCUCUUCACCAAAGGUAAAAUAAAACAGCAGACUUCUAGUCUAUCACAGAUCAUUUUCAAUUAUGUUGUCGUUGUUUUUUUUUUAGCACUUUCUGACGCACAGUAUUACCCAAGUUUCAAAAAUGAACUAAGAGAUAUCAAAUCAAGACUAAGUCAGCUUGAAAACUUUAAGGCAAACAUCAGCACGCGAUUCUCGAAUGCUGCGAGCGCUCUAUUUGAAAUCUCCCCAGAGUUCAGAGGUCAUCGGUAUUAUCUCUCCAAGAAAACCGGAAAUGCUGCUAUCCCAGUGUCUGAAGCCAUUUGUGAGCUUUUUGGAGGCUACCUCGUGGAGAUCAACGACGAAGGAGAGUAUCGCUUUGUUCAGAAUUUCAUUCGAAACCAUACAUCAGACUUCUUUGGUGUUUACACCGGCGGCAAUGAUGAAGAUCACGAGGGGACGUGGGUCUAUCGUCACAGCAAGGAACCAGCACUGUUUCUAGACUGGACUCCUGGACAACCAACGAAUGACAUUGACGGCGAUUGUUUGAUUUUAUUGAACCGGAACGACUGGAGGAUGGACGACUUCCGGUGUUACCACGUAAACUCGGAUACCAGAUUUAUGUGUGAAGUGCUGGUGUAAUUCAUUUUUACAGAGCAACACUAACUGUCAGACACUACAAUAAUUUGAUUAAGAAUAUUUUGGUUUCGAUAUUAUUUUUGAGUAGCCUGAAAUAGCAAAAGUAUGAGUUUGACGAUUUUAAAAAUAAAUGAAUAAUUUUAAUUGCAUUAUUUUUAAUAGCCUUAGAAAAUAGGAGCCAAAAUGAUCAAUAAAUUGAUCGUGGGCCCUUAAGAUAUAGAAGGAGAAGAAGAAAUAAAUAGAAAUGAUGGAUUUCAUAGUGCUCAGUGCGUAUUAAAAUAUGUGGAUGGCCCAAUCCGUGUGUAGGUGUCGGAGAAGGAUGUGGCUUGUGGACAAGAGGGUUGGGUAGGAUAAGUGGCAUGUGGACAUGACGGUUGGGUAGGAUAAGUGGCAUGUGGACAAGAGGGGUGAUGGAAAAAAUGCGGACGUCAUUUAUGAACUUAUUUGUUUGAAAUUGGUGGAAAAAAAUUAUAAUUGAGGGACAUAAAUUUUGAUAAGAUGUUGACAUUUUUAAAUCUUGAUUUAUCUCAAACAUUGUAACACUGGACAGUAGGUUAAACAGACAUUGAUAUUGAGUUAUCUGUUUUGUUAACCCUGAUAGGAGAUUAAACAUAUACUGAAAAUGAGUUAUCUGUCUUGUUAACCCUGUUAGCUGAUACUGGCCUCUCAAAUAGUCAGCUGACUGAUGUUACUUCUCUUUCGCCAAAUCAAGGUAAAAUGGGUGAACACAUUCACUGUGAUGAUGGACCUCUCCUACAUUAAAUCAAUGUAGAAUAAACAGAUAUAACAGAGUGGGUGACAGCUUUAUUAGAGAUAUAACAUGGCAGGUGACAGCUUUAUUAGAGAUAUAACAGAGUAGGUGACAGUAAGAUUGAUUAGAGAUAUAACAGAGUAGGUGACAGUUAGAUUUAUUAGAUAUAUAACAGAGUAGGUGACAUUUAGAUUUAUUAGAGAUAUAACAGAGUAGGUGACAGUUAGAUUUAUUAGAGAUAUAACAGAGUAGGUGACAGUUAGAUUUAUCAGAGAUAUAACAGAGUAGGUGACAGUUAGAUUUAUCAGAGAUAUAACAGAGUAGGUGACAGUUAGAUUUAUUUGAGAUAUAACAGAUUAGGUGACAGUUAGAUUUAUCAGAGAUAUAACAGAGUAGGUGACAGUUAGAUUUAUUAGAGAUAUAACAGAGUAGGUAACAGUUAGAUUUAUCAGAGAUAUAACAGAGUAGGUGACAUUUAGAUUUAUUAGAGAUAUAACAGAGUAGGUGACAGUUAGAUUUAUUAGAGAUAUAACAGAGUAGGUGACAGUUAGAUUUAUUAGAGAUAUAACAGAGUAGGUGACAGUUAGAUUUAUUAGAGAUAUAACAGAGUAGGUGACAGAUUUAUUAGAGAUAUAACAGAGUAGGUGACAGUUAGAUUUAUUAGAGAUAUAACAGAGUAGGUGACGGUUAGAUUUAUUAGAGAUAUAACAUGGGAGAUGACAGAUUUAUCAGAGAUAUGACAGAAUGUCAGAAUUUCAGGAUAAGUCUUAAAAAUACAUUCUUUUUGCAGGUUCGGGAUUAAAUUUAUGUUUGCUAUUUCAAUUGUAUUUACACAUUCUAAUUCACACAUCUAAUAAUAUGAUUUAUUAUUACUCAAUUAUACCUCCGUGUGUGUGUGUUAUUUGUAUUAUGUAUACAUAUUAUAAUCACAUAUUUAAUUAUAUGUUUUAUUCAAAAUCAUUUACAUUGUUAUGCAUGAAUCCAAUAAACAUGAACAUUACAGACUAAAUAACAAUUAAUGGUAAAAAGCGAUUGUCGUUUGAUUCUCACAUCUGAUCUCACCCACACAUCUCACAUGAUAAAGGAAAAAUGAAAAGCAAGGGACAUUGCAUUGUAGUACUAGUUAAAAAAAAUGACAACUUUAAUGAGACAAAGCCUCAAUGUGGUCAGUGGUAAUAUUGGGGGAGUGGUUCGAUGUGGCUUUGAACAGAUGGAUAUAAAUAAAAUCUUUUGUUCCCCACUCUUGUCAGGCUCACCCACUACCCUAUGCACCAGUACGCCUAGGUUUAAUAUCCAAAAUCUCCCCCCUCCCCCCUCCUUUUUUUUCCAACUAUCCCGCAGUGCGUAACUUAUCAAUUUAUGAAUCAAUAUAAAACUUAUUUAUACAUUAAAUAUCGCCUUUAUGUUCUUACAAUUAUUAUAAACUUC